AGCUCCAUCAGCCUCCAGGCCAUGGCCUGGCGAUUCGAGAAGUGCAACUUACGUUUUAAUACAUGAACUGAGAUUUUGAAACCAAAAAUGGCUUUUCCCGGGAAAGUGGGCAAACAGUAUGGGCUUAUCACCAAAGGCAAGAAAUCAUCUGCUCCUGUUCUUCAAAAACCUUCCAUUUUCAAUGAGUCAAGUGACGAGGAAGAGAAUGUCACUACACUGGAGAUGGCGAAGAAGAGACAAGCUGCCAUGCAAACCAAAAUAAAGAAACAAACGCAGCUGGAGAUCCAGAGGGCUCUCGAGGCUGACCCCACCGUGUAUGAAUAUGACAGCAUCUAUGAUGAUAUGGAGCGUAAGAAAGAAGAGAAGCUGAUAGCGAUCAAGAAACAAAAAGAAGGAAACAAGCCUAAAUACAUUGAAAAUCUCUUGAAGUCUGCCGAGCUGAGGAAGAAAGAACAGGAAAAACGCAAGGAACGAAAGAUACAGAAAGAGAGGGAGAAGGAAGGAGAGAUGUACGGAGACAAGGAGGCCUUUGUAACGUCAGCUUACAAGAAAAAGAUGCAGGAACUAGCUGAGGAGGAGGAAAGGGAGAAGAGGGAAGCAGAAGAAGAAGCUGCCAAUGAUGUGACGAAGCAGAGUGAUCUAUCUGUUUUCUAUCGACACAUCCUAUCUCAGACCACGGGAGAUGUGCAGGUCAAGCAGGAGAAGACAUCCGAUGAUGAAGAGAGCAAGAAGAAAGUCAAAGAGGAGGUACUGGAGAAGAAGACUAUCAAAACAGAGAGACAUUCUGGUCUCAAUUUCAAUGAAAGAGACAAACCAGACUCAUCAAGACACAGAAGUGACAGAGACCAAAAUAAAAGGAGAGAAUCAGGCAGCGAGGACGAUGAUAACAGACGGAGCAGGGAUUACCAUAGAAGAGACGGAAAGGAAUCUGGACACAGGCACGACAAGAACGAUAGAAGAAGCGAGAAAUAUAGAGAGAAAAAGGAUGAGCCUCAUAGCAGCAGUCGUCAUCGGGAUGAUAGCAGAAGUCAUCAUCGGGAUGAUAGCAGAAGUCAUCUUGACGAUGGCAGAAGGCAUGACAACCGCCACAGGAGCAGAGACGAUGUAAGAGAUAAGGAUAGGCAUAGAAAUGAAGGCAGUGAUUCACGUGAUGACCGGCGUGAGAGGAGAGUUGACACAAGAAAGGACAGAGAAACCUCAAGUGGAAGAACUGAGAGCAAAGAAAAGGAAGACACAGUCAGAGAUGGCAAGGGCAAUGAGAAAGCAGAGUCCCUUCCGGAAAGUAGUCGACCGGAAGAGAGAGUGGAACCCGUUGCCAAUCCAGACGCUGAUAGCGAUUUUGAGAUAGACUCCGAGGAUAGUGAUGUUGAGGAGGAGAAAGUCAAACCAGCUUUGGAUAAAUCAGAAGUGAUUUCCACAUCAGACACGAAGAAGAGGAAAGAAAAAGAAGAGGUGGCAAAGUCUAAGUUUGUGAAGAGGACUGGUAGUGAGACAGUCAUGUCAGCUAGAGAUAGAUAUCUGGCUAGGAAAGCAGCUAGGGACACAACUAAAACCCAUGUCAGUCGUGAGGAUAAUUGACAUGAAGGAGAUGUCAACAAACUGGGAGUCUACAGAUUAUUAAAUCAGGAUUAUAAAAGUCAAUCUAUCAAGAACUUUUUUCAGUUUCAUAUGUAAGAGAAGGACUAAUCAUUUUCAUACUUGGUGACAUUGUAAAAUUGACAUAUUGGCAAUAUAUAAACUGAUUCUGAAAUUUACAUCACAGCCAACUGUUAUCAAAAGGCAAUGUCAAUUUGACAAACACUUCAUGUCAUUUCAAUUUGUGGAGGAAUAAAAAUAUAGGUAAUUUGAGGUAAAAAAA